CAAUCCCUGCUGCGCCUUGCUUCGUCCACCUUCUAAAGCCAGUCUUUUUCUCUGACCAUAAGAUCUUGUCGCCGUCGCCCACUCUUCUUGUAUACUUGUAUACCCACAGCUUGAUUGAUUUGUAUAAUAUAUUUAAGAGACCUUGGCAGCAGGGAGCGCUUCAUCAUCAUCACCAGUCACUGCCUCCGGAGUCCUUCAUUCGGCCAAGCUGCGCAGUCGCAACCCUUGACAUCACUCCACAGGCAACCGCCCUUCCCAAUUCACAGUCAUGACUCUUGUCGCGAGGUAUUACUAUAAUACGUGAGUUCUAUCCAUAUCACUUUUGUGUAUCAUACGCAUUAGACCUCUCACGUUCACUACGAUCAAGCGCAUUCCAACACUUCUCCUCUCUAAAAACCUACCCACACGACUAACGCACCUUCUCAAUGGCUAGAUGUUAUGAUAAUAAUGGUCGAGCCUAUCGAUGCAAUUCAACAUGGUCUAGUUGGGGAAGAUGGGUUGCUCUAGCCUGUAUCCUCGUGGCUGCGUUCAUAUUUUUCUUCUUAUUAUCAUGCCUUAGUGCUCGCCGUCGACGUCGCGCGGGUAGACAACCAUUUUACGGCACUGGCUGGGCAGGACGAACGCCUUGGGGCCACGGUCAAGCUCAAUACAAUCCCAACUACCAGACGCAGCAACAACCGAACUACAACCAGGGACCUCAGGCUCCUCCGAACUACAGUCAAAAUGCCGGUGGCUACUAUGGACAAAAUCAGGGCUAUUUCGGAGGCAGACAAACGGACGUGGAAAUGCAGCCGCCCUCAAAUACCUACCGUGGAGGGGAGGACGUCUAUCAACCACCCCCAGGACCUCCACCGGCGAAGAAUUAAGAGCGACACUGAACAUAUUUGUGGCUUAUCUUUAGGGAGUCAUCCACGGUUGGACGACUUUAUGCGGCGCUUGGUAAAUGUUGGAAAAACUAUGGAUGGGCUGGUGGAGCAUAAGUUUACUAUUGGGGAUGCGUGGACGCGAAGGAGAACGAGGUCGUCCUAUUCAGUAAGGGUAUAACCAUAAUGCAUGUUCCCGAAGAGAUCGCCUUCGGCCGAAUUGCUGAACUUGCUUUCCCUGCGAUCAAUGGGUAGAAAUCACGGCCAAGACUGAUUGACUGUGCCAGUGUUUCAGCCUUUAAUGGGCGCCCGCAGAAUGCAGGUAUGACGGGCCUGGGCAGGGGUUCUCACUGA